GAAAGGCAGAGAAGUGUGACCAGCGAUAGGGGACAGAAGAAGCCGUUGACCAGAAGUGAUUCAAAUAUGUUUGGAGAUAAUACUCAACAGGGGGUGAGCCCCAUAUCAUUCCAAAUAACUCCAAUCUGUACUCAACACCCGUUACUCGUUAUGAUUAACCCUAAGAGCGGCGGACGACAGGGAUUAAGAAUUCUUCGUAAAUUCCAAUAUUUACUAAAUCCACGACAAGUGUAUGACAUCGCGAAAGGAGGGCCGACACAGGGCUUACACUUCUAUAAGGAUGCGUCCAAUUUUCGUGUGUUGUGUUGCGGUGGAGACGGAACUGUCGGAUGGAUUUUGGAUACAAUUGAUAAAAUGAAUUUCGCGAAAUUGCCGCCAAUUGCUAUCCUUCCGUUGGGAACCGGCAAUGAUUUGGCGCGUUGUCUGCGAUGGGGUCCGGGAUAUGAUAAAGAGAGUCUCAAUAAGAUACUGAAGAAAGUGGAGGAAUCGAGUAUUGUUAUGAUGGAUCGCUGGAAGAUCGAGAUCAGCAGCUCUGACAAUGAAAAGGAAAAGGGAGAUCCCAUCCCUAGUAAUAUAUUCAACAACUACUUCAGUAUUGGAGUC